AUGCCGACCUUUGCCACAUUGUGGCGGACCUGGGUUUCGACAUCGUCGUUGGAUGUCGACGAGGAGGGCCUAUCGGAGCGAGUAUCUGGCCGACACGCCUUCGACGUCGUACAUGAUCCAUUGUUUGCCCUCAAGAUCUUUCCGCAAGACUGUCAAGCUUCUUCACUCUCCGCCUGUGGAGCUUCCCUUGCAUUCUUCUUCACCAUCCCACAGGCCGCUUGCCGGCCACCCCCUUGGAAUAGGCCCGCCGCCCCCGGACGGCCUGCCGGCGCCAGGCCUCAACGUGGCCCAAGGGUGAACCUCCUUAACUGGAGGGCCAACUGGCGUCUCAGCUCGCGUCGUCGCUUUUGGCUGCGGGGCUGGGGAAAUCAGAUCGAGUACCCGCCGGGUUAUUCGGUGCCUCCCAGCAUCGAGAUGGAUGCCGCCAGUCGAUGUAUCCUCGCCCCAAGACAGGUCGCGACUGAGUCGGCCGUGGAGGGCGCCUGUGGCCCCCACGUUAUACUAGUAGUCGCUGUUUUGGCGGACUUGGGCCUCGGUUGUAUGACUUCAAGACCUCAAGACUGCCUGCAAGACAUCAAGACGACUUCAAGUCCUCAGGACGACCUGCAAGUUUACAAGUUUACCUGCAAGUCAUCAAGACCACCUUCACCUACAUGCAUCAAGACCGACCUCGACUUCUGUCUCGUCGUCAAGAUGGAUGGUCGAGAUCGGGGAUGGUGGUGGGGCACCAGUGAGUGCACAACGAUCAACUCGACGCUAAUGGUGCGCUUCGGCGUGGGCAUGGGGUGGGCCAACAGCAUGUUCCUCAAUGUCGACCCGCCGAACAACGUCAAGGGGCCCGUCAAGCAGCGUCAAGGUCAUCGUCAAGCAGCGUCAAGAUCAUCAUCAAGCCUCCUCAAGGUCACCGUCAAACAUCGUCAAGACCACCCCAACAACAAGGACCAUCAGAACCUCAACAUCAACCUCCGACUUCGACUCCGACCGUGUGCCUCAAGACCCCCUUGGAAUAGGUGCACCGUCAGCGGGCGGUGCACCGGCGCCAGGCCUCAUCGCGGCCCAAGGGUGAACCUCCUCGAGUUUGGGGAGGGCCAACUGGCGUGUUUCUCUUUCCCGCUGCUCGCCCUAGAGGCCUCUUGGAUUUUCGACAUCGCGCACCGUGCCCCCUACAAUUCCCCUCUUCCCUCGUCGCCCUCUUCUGUGUGA